AUGUCUCAGCCGAUUCAACCAGAUCCAAUUCAACCACCUAGGCCUAAUGAACUUAACGACCUUUUCGAUACACUUCUGGAUGAAAAUAUACAUAUUGAUAAUUAUGUUCGAAAUUCCCACACUUCGGCUUGGAAUCAGAGGGAUAUUUUAAACAAGAUUAUUACGGUUAAUGAUUCUGCACUUCGACUAAAAGAAAUUGCUGACUGGGAAAAUAACGAAGCACAAACCCAAUAUCAGCAAUAUGGUACUAAAAUAUUAGAGUUCCAUUCUAAGGUUUGGGAUACACGGCAAAACCUCAAGGAUGAAUUUCUUAGAGUUCUAGAUUAUGCUGAAUAUCUUAAAAGGAAUUGA